AUGCCCCCCAUGUCGGUGUCGACCGCCCUCGCGCCGGCGGCGCCGCCAAAGGCGUCGCCGACAGCCAGGAGCUCGGCACGGCGUGCACCGGCUGACGCCGCGUCCGAGGCCGCCUCUUCCGUCUUCGGCUCGGCCGCGUUGCUGACACUGACGCCGGCCGCGCCCGCCGCGGCCUUGUCCAAGGAGGACGUCGCCGGCUCGCUUAUCAAGGUGGUAGACACGGUGGACCAGGCCAUCGGUGUCGGCGGCAAGGCCGCUGAGCAGGUGGCGGCCGUGCUCAAGGCGCUGGGCGAGGCCGUCAAGCCGGCGCUCCCGGUUCUGAAGAGCGCCAGCGACGAGGCCCUCAAGCUGGCCGCGCCCGUGGUGUCCGGCGCCUCCAAGCAGGCCUCGGAGGCGCUCCAGGGCGCCGGCGUCGACCCCGCCCCCGUUCUGUCCAUCGCCAAGACCGCAGCGGAGCAGAGCACGAAGGUGAUCGACGCCGCCAAGCCCGUCGCCUCGGCGACCGUGGAGACCAUCACGUCGUUGGGUCCCGAGGGCUACGUCGUGGCCGCCGGAGCGGCGCUUCUCGCGUACCUCCUCGUGCCGCCGGUCUGGUCGCUGGUCUCCUUCAGCCUCCGCGGUUACAAAGGUGAGCUGACCCCUGCGCAAGCACUGGACAAGAUCACCAUGCAGGACUACGUCCUGAUCGACGUGCGGAGCGACAAGGACAAGGCCAAGGCAGGCGUGCCGCAGCUGCCAUCGAACGCCAAGAACAAGCUCAUCUCUGUGCCGCUGGAAGACCUUCCGAGCAAGCUGAAGGGCAUGGUGCGCAACGCGAAGAAAGCCGAGGCGGAGAUCACCGCUCUGAAGAUCUCCUACCUCAGGAAGAUCGGCAAGGGCUCCAACGUCAUCAUCAUGGACUCUUACAACGACGUCUCCAAGACUGUGGCCAAGACGCUGAACAGCCUAGGGUUCAAGAACUGCUGGGUCAUGGCCGGUGGCUUCUCGGGUCGGAAAGGGUGGGCGCAGAGCCGCCUCGGGACGGAUUCCUACAACCUGUCCGUGGUCGAAGUUGUGACGCCGUCGCGGGUGAUCCCGGCAGUCGCAGGCCGCACUGGGACGACCUCUGCACGCAUUGGGACGACCUCGUCGGCGUCCCGAGCAACCACUCGCAAGUUUCUUCCCGGCAGCGUAGACUGA